CGACAGUCCUAACGCUAAAGUUACCUACUGUCUUCCUUCAUCCUUCCUACAUCUCCCUCUCUAUCGCUGACCAUUCACAUUCACACUCUAUAGAAACUCUAUUAUAUAUAUAUAUACGCAACAAACUCAUGGUCGUGGUUGCAUAAGUCUGCAACUUCUGAUGGCCUCUCGCUUGGGGAUGAACGGGGCAGAUCGCCGGAUGGAAACUAGAGAUCAGAAUGAAUCUGGCUCAUUUCAUGAGAAGAUUAUUGGGCCAAAGUCAUAUUCAUACGCUGAACUAGCAAAGGUAACUGGUCAUUUCUCGCUCAAUAACUUAAUUGGUCGAGGUGGUUUUGGUCAUGUUUUUAAGGCAUCCUUAGAUGGUGAGAUCCGUGCUAUUAAGAGACUUGAUUUUCCGGAUGUACAAUCCGAAGGAGGUUUGGAGAGGGAGAUUAUGGUCGUCAAAAGUGUCAGUCACAAAAACCUCGUUGAAUUGGUUGGUUACUGUAUUGAUGGAGCCAAUAGAUUGCUUAUUUUAAAGUAUUUUCCAAAUGGGUCCUUGAGAUCUAAAUUACAUGGAAGUGGGGAUGUUUUGGACUGGGAAAAAAGAAUGAAGAUCGCUACAGGUUCUGCAAAAGGAUUGGAAUAUUUACAUGAACAUUGUAAACCUAAAAUUAUCCAUUUAGAUGUCAAACCAGAUAAUAUUCUGCUUGAUGAAGAUUUUGAACCUAAGAUAACAGAUUUUGGACUUGCUCAAUUUUUUACCGACGGUGGUACUCACAUAUCCAAAUCAUCAGUUAUGGGAACCCAUGUUUAUGAAGAUCCAUUGACAACAAAACUGGGAAAGUAUUCUGAUAAAUCUGAUAUUUAUUCUUUUGGAGUUACACUUUUAGAACUGAUUACCGGAAGAAAACCAAUAAACAAUAGCACUGAUAUUGUUACUUGGGCAAAUCAUCUAAUUAAAAAGGCUUUGGAGGGAAGAUACACAAAUUUUGUAGAUUCUAAUUUACAAUCCUUUGAUCAUGAACAAAUGUAUCGAAUGGUUUCUUGUGUUAAUUCUUGCAUAAAUCAACCUCCAAACUCUCGUCCAACAAUGGAAAAGAUACGUCUAGUUCUUGAAGGAAAAUCGCCUCCAGAGGAAUUAUACGAUCAUAAAUUGCAAUGGAGUAUUAUACAUAGAGAUGACGAAUCUAGCUCAUACUUUGAAGAGAUUGAUCAAAUUGAAGAAUCUGGCUCAUUGCAUGACAAGAAUUAUAAGGGUGGGCUAAAGCCAUAUUCAUACAGUGAACUAGCAAAGGCAACUGAUCAAUUCUCGCUCGAACGCCAAUUUGGUCAAGGUGGUUUUGGUCAAGCUUUUAUCGCAUCCUUAGAUGGUAAGAUCCGUGUUGUCAAGAAACUUAAAAAUUUUCCGGAUGUACAGUCGGAAAGAGAUUUCGAGAGGGAGAUUAUGGUUCUCAAUGGAGUCCGUCACAAAAAUCUUGUUAAGUUAGUUGGUUACUGCAUUGAGGGAGCAAAUAGAUUGCUUAUUUCAAAGUUCUUUCCCAACAUGUCAUUGAGAUAUCAAUUAGACAGAAAGGAGAAUGUUUUAGACUGGAAAAAAAGAAUGAAUAUUGCUAUAGGCUCUGCAAGAGGAUUGGAAUGUUUACAUGAAGACCGUAGACUCAAAAUCAUACAUUUACAUAUCAAGUCAGAUAAUAUUCUUCUUGAUAAUUACUUUAAUCCUAAGAUUUCAGAUUUUGAACGUGCCCUGUUCUUUAGGGAUGCUACUACUCACGUGUUCAGAUUAUCAACUUUUGGAAUUCACAUUUAUGCAGAUCUACCGUCAGUGAAAUUACAAAAGUAUUCAGAUAAACUCGAUGUUUAUUCUUUUGGUGUUAUACUUUUGGAAUUGAUUACCGGAAGAAAGCUCAUAAUUGAUGAAAACAUUGACAUUAUUACUUGGGCACAACCUCUGAUGAAAAAGGCUUUGGAGGGAGAAUAUACGGAUUUUAUAGAUUCAAGAUUGCAAUUUUUUGACGAUCAAGAAAUGCAUCGAAUGAUUUUUUGUGCUAAUGUUUGCAUAAAUCAACCGUUAAGAUCUCGUCCAUCGAUGAAAAUGAUACUUCUAGCUCUUGAAGGAAUUAUUCCUCUAGAUUCUUUGGCAAGAGAUGAAUGACAACAAAUUGCGAUCGGAAGCUAUUCAUAAAGAUGAGCCUAAGCCAAGAAGCAACAGAAGCAACUAGUAAUGGUUCCUCCAACAUCAUUCCAGAAACUUCAUUUGAUAAGAUGGAUUGUUUUCCCAAACCCAUUGCCUUUAGGAGAUUUAAUAAAAUCCUUAAACCUUUCUCUUCUUAUUUUUAAUAGACCAGAGUUCUCAUUUAUCA